GAGCGAGAGUGAGUGAGUGUGAGUGCGGGGUGGGGUGGUGGCCGUUACGUUCGGGGCAACGGCUAAGGCAGUGGAGAAGUGAGAAGAGAAACAACGUCCGGCGCUUCCGCCUUCGCCUAGGAGGAGGAGGUACUGGUAGGGAAGGGAAAGCCAUUUGCCCUGGGCCUGGACUAAACCGCGGAGGGCCGGCGGAGGGCUGGCUAUGUGCUUUUGAGGGUCGCUUGGGACGCCGAACGAGAGCCGAGAGCGAUGUCUCAGCCGCCGCCGCCGCCUCCGCUGCCGCCGCCGCCUCCUCCCCCCGAGGCUCCGCAGACUUCGUCGUCGCUGGCGGCGGCGGCUACUCCGGGGGGCCUUUCGAAACGAAGGGACCGGAGGAUCCUUUCCGGGAGCUGCCCGGACCCCAAGUGCCAGGCGCGGCUCUUCUUCCCGGCCUCGGGCUCCGCCAGCAUCGAGUGUACCGAGUGCGGGCAGCGGCACGAGCAGCACCAGCUGCUGGGAGUGGAAGAGGUGACCGACCCGGACGUGGUGCUGCACAAUCUGCUGCGGAACGCACUGCUCGGGGUGACGGGGGCGCCCAAGAAGAACACGGAACUGGUAAAGGUGAUGGGCCUCUCCAACUACCACUGCAAAUUACUGUCGCCCAUAUUGGCACGCUAUGGGAUGGACAAACAAACAGGCCGGGCCAAGCUUCUCCGGGAUAUGAACCAGGGCGAACUGUUCGAUUGCGCCUUACUGGGUGACCGUGCCUUCCUCAUCGAGCCCGAGCACGUCAACACCGUGGGCUACGGCAAGGACCGCUCCGGGAGCCUCCUGUAUCUACACGACACCCUCGAGGACAUCAAACGGGCCAAUAAAAGUCAGGAGUGCCUCAUCCCCGUGCAUGUGGAUGGGGACGGACACUGCCUGGUGCACGCGGUGUCCCGGGCCCUCGUGGGCCGGGAGCUCUUCUGGCAUGCCCUGAGGGAGAAUCUCAAGCAGCACUUUCAGCAGCACCUGGCCCGCUAUCAGGCCCUGUUUCAUGACUUUAUUGAUGCGGCCGAGUGGGAGGACAUCAUCAACGAGUGUGACCCUCUGUUUGUGCCACCCGAAGGUGUCCCCUUAGGCCUGAGGAACAUCCACAUAUUUGGCCUUGCUAACGUGUUACAUCGCCCCAUCAUCCUCUUGGACUCGCUCAGUGGCAUGCGAAGCUCGGGCGACUAUUCAGCCACCUUUCUACCUGGGCUCAUCCCGGCAGAGAAGUGCACUGGGAGAGAUGGUCAUCUGAACAAGCCAAUCUGUAUCGCGUGGAGUAGCUCUGGUCGAAACCAUUAUAUUCCCUUGGUAGGCAUAAAAGGGGCGGCCUUGCCCAAACUGCCCAUGAAUUUGCUGCCUAAAGCAUGGGGUGUGCCUCAGGAUCUUAUUAAGAAGUACAUCAAACUUGAGGAGGAUGGUGGUUGUGUUAUCGGAGGAGACAGAAGUUUGCAGGAUAAGUACUUACUUCGGCUGGUUGCUGCUAUGGAAGAGGUCUUUAUGGACAAGCAUGGCAUCCAUCCUAGUUUGGUUGCUGAUGUACAUCAGUAUUUCUACAGAAGGACUGGGGUGAUAGGAAUUCAGCCUGAGGAAGUUACAGCAGCUGCUAAGAAAGCAGUGAUGGAUAAUCGCCUACACAAGUGUUUGCUCUGUGGUGCCCUUUCUGAACUUCAUGUUCCUCCUGAGUGGUUGGCUCCAGGAGGGAAACUGUACAACCUGGCAAAAAGUACUCACGGACAGCUGAGGCCUGACAAAAAUUACAGCUUUCCCUUAAACAAUUUGAUUUGUUCAUAUGACCCAGUGAAAGAUGUUCUGAUACCAGACUAUGGAUUGAGUAAUCUAACAGCUUGUAAUUGGUGCCAUGGCUCAUCUGUGCGAAGAGUCAGAGGAGAUGGCUCUAUUGUGUAUUUGGAUGGAGACAGAACUAAUUCCAGGUCUGCUGGUGGCAAAUGUGGUUGUGGAUUCAAACACUUCUGGGAAGGUAAAGAGUAUGACAACCUCCCAGAGGCUUUUCCCAUCACUUUGGAGUGGGGAGGAAGAGUGGUCAGAGAAACCGUUUAUUGGUUCCAGUAUGAAAGUGAUCCAGCUUUGAAUAGUAAUGUAUAUGAUGUUGCAAUGAAGCUUGUUACCAAGCACUUUCCAGGUGAAUUUGGAAGUGAGAUCCUAGUUCAGAAAGUUGUCCACACCAUAUUGCAUCAGACUGCAAAAAAAAAUCCUGACGAUUACACUCCUGUAAAUAUAGACGGUGCUCAUGCUCAGAGAGUUGGAGAUGUGCAAGGACAAGAAUUGGAGUCUCAGCUACCAACUAAGAUUAUUCUUACUGGACAGAAAGCAAAAACUUUGCACAAGGAAGAGUUAAACAUGAGUAAAACUGAAAGAACUAUUCAACAGAACAUCACAGAACAAGCUUCUGCAAUGCAGAAACGGAAAACAGAUAAAUUAAAACAAGAGCAAAAGGGGCAGCCCAGAACUGUUUCCCCAAGCACUGUUCGUGAUGGCCCAUCAUCUGCACCUGCCACCCCCACCAAGGCUCCCUACUCACCUACAACUUCUAAGGAGAAGAAGAUUCGAAUAACAACCAAUGAUGGACGACAGUCCAUGGUUACCCUUAAAUCUUCAACAACCUUUUUUGAACUUCAGGAAAGUAUAGCCAGAGAGUUCAACAUUCCUCCGUAUUUACAGUGUAUUCGAUAUGGCUUUCCCCCUAAAGAGUUACUGCCACCCCAGGCAGGCAUGGAAAAGGAGCCAGUUCCCUUACAGCAUGGUGACAGAAUUACAAUAGAGAUCUUAAAAGGCAAAGCCGAAGGUGGUCAGCCGGCUGCAGCACACUCAGCCCACACUGUGAAACAAGAAGAGAUUGCUGCUACUGGCAGACUGUUGUCCAAGGAACUUCAGGAGCAAGCUGACAAAGAAAUGUAUUCCUUGUGUCUUUUAGCAACGUUGAUGGGAGAAGACGUAUGGUCUUAUGCAAAGGGUCUUCCUCACAUGUUCCAGCAGGGUGGUGUAUUCUACAAUAUUAUGAAGAAAACUAUGGGCAUGGCUGAUGGCAAACAUUGUACUUUUCCACAUCUACCUGGCAAAACCUUUGUUUAUAAUGCUUCUGAAGAUAGACUGGAGUUGUGUGCCGAUACUGCAGGACACUUCCCCAUUGGUCCUGAUGUUGAAGAUUUAGUUAAAGAGGCUGUAAGUCAGGUUCGAGCAGAGGCUACUACAAGAAGUAGGGAAUCAAGCCCCUCACAUGGGUUAUUAAAACUAGGUAGUGGUGGAGUAGUGAAAAAGAAAUCUGAGCAACUUCACAAUGUAACCGCCUUUCAGGGAAAGGGGCAUUCUCUAGGAACUGCAUCUAGUAACCCGCACAUUGAUCCCAGAGCUAGGGAAACUCUGGCUGCAAGAAAGCAUAAUACAGGGACAGAUUUUAGUAGUAGUUCCAUUAAAACAGAGCCUCCUGUGUUCACAGCUGCUCCUAGUAACAGUGAGCUUAUUCGAAUAGCUCCUGGAGUAGUAACAAUGAGAGACGGCAGGCAGCUUGAUCCUGAUGUGGUUGAGGCCCAACGAAAAAAAUUGCAGGAAAUGGUUUCUUCUAUUCAGGCUUCAAUGGACAAGCACAUGCGGGACCAAAGCACAGAGCAGACACCAUCUGAUCUUUCUCAAAGAAAAGUAGAAGCUGUGAGUUCUUCUGUGAGGCCUGGGAGUCUUCAGACUGGCUUGCCUGAACCUUUUUCUUUAACUGGUGGCACUGAGAAUUCGAAUACUGAAACAACUGAUAGUCAUGUGGCAGAUACACUGGGAGCAGCAUUUGCCACAAGGUCAAAAGCACAAAAAGAAAAUACUAUGGAGGAACCGGAAGAGAUGGAUAGUCAAGAUGCUGAGACGUCUAACACAACUGAGCCAAUGGAUCACUCUUGAUUUAAUUAGAGGCUAAUAAAGGCAGAAUGUUUAUUGUGAAUAUGUAAUAUUUGUUGGCUGGGCCACAUAACUUGAGUAGUCAUUAAAAAUCUUGUACGUAUAUAAUUCAAAGAUUAUAUCUUGUUAUUCAGUGCAUGAUAGCAAGUGUGUGAUCGGCAAUAGCUUUUACUAUACUGCUGCCCAGGCUGGCUCUGAAUUAUUGUAAAUUAGUUUAGAUCUAUUGAAAGUUUCUUCGAUAUAUGUGCUUCAUUGGAAGUUCUUUGUCAUUUUAAUUCCAUGAAAGUCUUAAUUUUCAGAAAUGAAAAUUCUCUUGCUAAAUGUUUGGUUUCUGCAAAGACCAGAAUUGAAGAGGAAAUGAGAGUUUGUACAUGCUGUCGUCAAGGUAGCCAUCCUACAUGUCAGGAAAAUGUCGAUUUCAAGUUUACCUGAACUAAAUGUAUCUUAAAAUACAUAAAACAGUUUAUUAGAGUACUUAAAAGUUAUAACAUUUUAGAGACAGCUACUGUUGGCAAAAAUAUCUUGAUGGUAGAGUGUAAUGAUACAACAUUUUCCUGAUUUGAGCUAAGUUGGGAAGAACGAUCUAUCCUAGAAUGAUAAAGUCGGUGUGAUUCAGUUAGUUGGUCUGAGCCAAUGUGGCCAGUUGUGUGCUCUUGUUGAUAAUAUGUUGCCAUUAUUUUUUUAAUCUUGGCCUUGUCAAGUUCCACCUAUUAUUUUUUUAAAUCUUGCAUAAGAGAGAAUUACAAUUUGUUUUAGAAAAUUUAAAAAUAAUGGUAGAAGUAGUUAAUUUCUAACUAUGUCAGAGUCACAGAGAAUUUUAUCUUUAUGAGUGGGUUGCAUUGUUCUACAGUUUUGACACAGUGGUGUUUAAGCCUGUAUAUGCUAAAUGUCUCUGAGCCCCUUUGAACCAAAAAUGUUUCCUUUUCUUCUUAGAUUUUCUAUAAGAUUUUCUUUUUGUUGGCUUCACUUGAGUUUGGAUGCAUAGUUUACUCCAACAUACCAUGAGCAACUGAGCAUUUGCUUAAACAUUGCAUUCAUGCGCUCUUGCUCUUCAGUGCCGGUUUCCUCGAAGCAGCUUUCAUGCUGUUCCUUAGAAGCAGAGUGUAUACUCCUAAGAUGGGAACUGCACUGUUGUAUUCUGUUCUACAGGUCUGUAUUUGUAAGUGUAUUCCAGUCCAUCAUCUUCCUUUGUUUACUGAAAUUAAGUUGAAUUUGAAUGAAUGAAAGACAAAUGUGUGUUAAUAUAAUCUCUUAGAGCAUUCAAAGCCUGGCUGUCUCUGUUUGCACAUGUAACAGAUGCAGAACUGUUUGUAAUUCUCCAAAACUAUAUGCCAGAAAAUAUAUUAUCAGGUGUUUAAAAAUCUCUAUGUUCAUUUGAAAGGGAUGUAAGUUAUACUUUAACUUUUUCUAGAUAAGGGAGGUUUGGUUUUUUUUUUUUUUUUCUGUGACAGUAUCUUUAACUAAAUCCAACUACUAAUUACCCCACAUGUUGAAAAAGGAAGGAAUGGAGAAUCUAGACAUUUUACAAAUAUAGCUAAGGUUAAGAUAAUGUAUAGCACACCACACCACAUACACACACAUCUUCUGGAUUAGUAUCAUAUCACAUGCUUUGCAGUAUUUUAUCUCCAUUCGUCUAUUUAUCUCCAUUCGUCUGUUUCUAAAUUUAUUUUCAUACAUCUUUAUAUCAAAGUAUCAGGAAAAUUUAGAACUUUUGUAUUGUUUGCUAGUUUUGCAUGAAGUGAAAGAGAGCUACCAAAUUCUUAACAGUUAGCUGUGCUUUAAAUCACCCCCCUUCCCUCACCACUAUCAUUAUUUUGUCUUAUUAAGCCACUGACAUACUCUUUAAAAAAUUUUUUCUGACAUAAGUACAUGAAAACUGUUAAAUAAACAAAAUGUACUGCUUCAAAUAAAUUCUAUAAUCACUCUACUCCAACAGAUGCUCUUCUCUGGCUUGGUAUGUUUAGUUAACAACGGGCAGGAUCUCAGAACAUUAGAGUAUCAGAAACAAAAUUUGUAUUUUCAUGGCAUGGUUUCACUAGAUGGCUCUGGCUGGCCUGGAGCUCACUAUGAAGACCAGGCUGACCUUAAACUCAUAGAGAUCUGCCUACCUCUGCCUUCCAAGUGCUGGGCAUACACUAACAUGCCGGGCUAGAAACAGAUUUUAUCUCCCUAUUGAAUACUUGAAUUUAGUGUAAAUUAUGCACAUGUGAACGUUAGAAGAUGGCCUAAUCUCUGACAAUACUUUAUUGUCUCUAGUGACGGUAGUGGGAUUUAGCAUUAGAAACUUAACUGGGUAUAAAUAACAGUUUGGGUUCUCCCUUGAUAAAAAGUAAACAAAAAACACGCUUGAGAAUUCAUCAGAAUUCUUGAACAUAUUUUAACUCAUUUGAAAUUUGAAUGGGAUAACUAAUCGUUUGGAGUAAGUUUUUGAGGGUUUGUUUUAAACAUCAUCCUUGUAUCUAAGUGUAGAUGACUGUUACUAUUGUGAUACCACUGUACUGCAUCAGCAGAGCACAGAAGCUUGUAAUCUCAAGUAAAAGUGUUUUUUAGCCCUAGAUGCGACAUUAUAACUGUAAUUCAAACCAAUUCAGCUAUAUUUUCAGUGUUUUGCUGAACACACUAAGGUGAUAUUGUAAAUAUUUUUCUUCAGUGAUCCAUUCUGUAAUCAUACAGAGUUUGAGUUGAUGACCCAAAGUCCAGGCAGUUAGAGGUGGUGUAUGUCCAGAGAGCUGGUAACGAACAAUGGUUCGAAGGAAGGAAAUAAGACACUGCCAAGUAUUAUGACUAAUAUACAGUUAGCCCCAAGGGAAUGGUUACUCAGGAACUAAAGAGCAAGCUUAGAUAGCCCAUUCUUCUCCCAUCCCUUAAACUAUGUUUCAGGUAUUUAUUGGAAAUUAUUAGGAAAGAGGCCUGAGAAAUUUAGCAAAUGAUAAUAUUCAAAAUUUGCUUUAUACCUUCUGUGACUUUUAAUUUCACUUUGAUGAUUCAGUUUUACUACUUGAGUUGAGAUUGCAUUCUGAAUACACCUGUGAGACUGGUCACAGGUCAUACAGGUCUACGUGUUGUUUCGUUUUGUUUUGAGAGGGUUUUUCUCUGUAGCCCUGGAAAUCAACUUUGUAGACCAGGCUGACCUCGAACUCAGAGAUCUGCCUGCCUCUGCCUCCCAAGUGCUGGGAUUCAAGGCGUGUGCCAUCACUGCCUGGCUACAGGUUUUUUGGUUUUGGUUUUUCGAUACAGGGUUUCUUUAUGUACCCCUGGCUGUCCUGAAACUUGCUCUUACAGGUUUUUAUUGCCGUUAUUUUAAGGAUCAUUUUCAUUGGGUAUUAACAGUGGCUUACAUAGAUAGGGUCUCUUACCUCAGGGAAGAUCGUUUACGAGCAACUCCUGUUAUUGACCAGUUUUGGAGAAUUACUUUGACACAUCUCAUGUUAACUACCGAAUGCAAAAAAGUAUUGUUUAAUGUAGUUACCGGCUGUCUGCUACGGAACAUUUCUCUAGAUAUUUAGGACCUUAUUAACAAGUAACAUUUAGAUAUGAAAUAAACUGUCAUUAGUAAUACUGAUCUUGUCACUAUAGUGAUGGUAUAAUUUUUUUUAUUUUAGAACAUUAAUAAAGUUUUGUCCUCAUCUUUCAACAACCAGUUGGCCCAAACUUAAAAUAAUGAAGUGCAAAUCUUGUGCUUCACCCCCCCCCCGAUCUAAAAGCAAGGUCUCCAUCUUAAGAUUCUUAUAAAAUCAGAGCCCUUGCAAAAUUGGUUUAAAUUCCACUCAUUUUAACGUAGAUUUAAAGUUACCUUUUAUAACAAAUAGAUGUGUAUUCUGGGUUGGCUAGAUGUUCUACUUUCCAAGACUAUAUCAUUUAACAAAAUUGUACAACACAGACUUUUCACAAUUUGAUUAUUUUUUUCAAACAAGAACAACUCAUGAAAAUAGGCCAUAGUAGUAAAAUGUAUAUUUAAAGAAUUAGAUAACAAAGGGGAGAUAGAUCACUAAUAUCACAGAGUUAAUUGCAAGUUCUGCCAUUCUUUGAGAUGCCAAGUGUUUCAAUUCAUAUUUAAUGAUGCUCAAAUUGUGGAAAUUUUAACAUUUGUUCCAAAAUAGCAGAAACUGUUAAAAAAAUUGUGAAUUAUUGGAUAAAAUACCAUUACUUGUAUAUCUGACAUUUAAAGUUUUUAAUUAUGGAGUUGACAUGUUUUUUGUAGUAUAAUACAAUGACUAUUCUCUUGUAAAAGAAAAGGAAAAACUAGUAAAGAAAAAGUUUUAGUUGA